UUUUGGAAGAAAAAUAGCGAGUCUUUCAGGCUUGUCGUUCGGAAACUGGCCUUUUUUUUUUUUUAUAAAGAUUCUCUUGUGAUAUUGCAUCCAUUCACCCUUUCUCUGAGUUCUCUGCUCCCCUCCUCUCCUUUCUUAUCAUCUAUCUUUCGCUUGGAUCUCGGAGUUUUAUGGCGUCUUAGGACCUUCUAAGAGGGAAUCUAGGAUGGAUCUUUUGUAGAUUUGCUUAUGAUUAUGCCCAUGUGCCUUUUUUGGCUCUAGAAUCAUCCGUACGUACCACUCCGUUUUGAGUGCAACCCCUCUUCUUCUCUUUAUCUGAUCCUGGUAGGAAGCCAUCAAAAUAAAGUUCAACAUCGAAAUCUUCCGCGAUUUCGUUGCCUCUUCUCCCUCCUUAUUCUUUCGGUUCUGUCUCUAAUUCUUUGUGCAAACUAUGUUUAAAAAAAUUUUAGCCUCUUUCUUAGCAAAACUGGUAGGCGAGUUUGCCUUAUAGUUUGCUUUUUUUUUUCUUCCCCCAAUCUAUAAUUCACUCCACUCAGAUCUGUAUUUUCUUUUUCUUUUUCACAUGGCUGAUAUUUCAUGUGAUGGCAUUUAUUUGGCUGCUGCAAUCUUUCCUUUCCUCUCUUUGAUUUAUUCCUCCUGAUAUUUUGGAUCCGCUGUUUUACUUUUCUGAUCGGUUACUUCAGAGCUCUAUGUGCUUCCAUGGAUUCCUUCGCCUUUUUCACCACAUAAAAUAACACUUAUUUGCUUUCAUGGCUUUCAAGUUGAGAGGAGUCUGAUCUGAUUCCAUGGCUUUCCGAGUCCUCAAAUCUCUCUCUGUCUUACGGCUACAUAAAAUGAUGUCCUUGGAGCGAUCCUCCUUGUUUUUCUACCUUAUUAUUGUUCCCAGAAUUAUCCGUUUUCCUUACCGUAUAUAGUCUAAUUUCCAGUUUACUUAUGUCUUGCAGGCAUCAAAUCAGGUGGGGGGAGGAAAAAAAAAGGGCGGGGCGGGUCUCUUUUGCUGUAUGGGGUUUGGUGCUCUCUCAGCAUGUUUCAUGGAGGGCUGUUGCUUCGGAGCUCAAAGUCCUUGGUUAAACUGGAGGCUGAGCAUUAGAGCAGGCCCAGUUGCAGUAAAGCACUUAAGGCUAGUACUGCUGUAAUUUGGAGCAUUGGGAAAAUAGAGAAGGCCUUCCUCGAGCUCAAUGUUGUCAUUUGAAAACCCUUCAGACCCUUUGGUUCCCUGCAAGGCUUCGGCAUUGAAAAGUGAUGAGAGGGCUUCUGAUAAGCUUGUCUUCCAAGAGGCAGCAGAUCCAGCAGGCCUUGCCGAGACCCAGCCCUCUCAUUUUUCCAUAAGAGAUUAUGUUCUCAAUUUGCGGAGCAAGGAUGUCGUGAAGAAUUGGCCAUUUCCUUGCAAAUUUUUGCAGCUUUGCUUAGAGUAUGAUAUCAAAGAUAUGUUGCCACCUUUUGAACCGCCUGAUUUGGUAAGAGCCCAGUUCUGCACAAGAAGAGUGGAAUCCCAGCAACAAAGCUCAUACAGUGAACAAAUCUCAGCAGAGGUCAAAUCACUUGAAACUAAAGAUGUUGGUCGAAUUGAGGAGGAGCCCAAUAUCAUCAAGCAUGAGUUGUGCUUGCCAGCAGAUCAAUUGGUUAUAGAGUGCUCAAAUCAAGCUCAAAACUUAUUCUCUAAAUCAAUGAAAUCUAAGGUCGAUCACAAAAUCCAUUCAGGUGAUGAACUGGUUAGCGUCAAAGCUGAACCUAUCUCCACCAUUAUGAGUCAUGAUCAGAUCGAGAGAACCUCAGGUAAGAUCAGUGAGCUUCCUUGCACAGUACAUGUAACUAGAAGUGCCCCAGCAGGAUCAUUAGCAUUAGAGGCUGAGGAACCUCCUGUACUGCUGGAAAAGCUUGACGUCAGACGUGAAUCAUCAGAGAAGUGCAAGUUAAUAGUAAAGUCGAGCAGCACUUCCGAGACCAUCCAGGGAGAAGACAUAGUAUCCACUUCUAGCACUGUUUCAGAUCCGAUGGCUUCGAAGGUUUGCCCUGUUUGUAAGAUGUUCGCAUCGACAUCCAACACCACUUUGAAUGCUCACAUCGAUCAGUGCCUCUCUGAGGAUUUUAAAACCAUGCGGGUCAUGACCAAACUCCCGAAACUGAAAGUGAAACCAAGGAAGAAAAGGUUGAUGGUGGAUAUCUACACAACUGCACCCCACUGCACCAUUGAAGACCUUGACAGAAGAAAUGGCACAAACUGGGCUACAGAUUUAACUUUGGUGGCACCGACCAGGGAGGUUAGCACUGAAGUCAAAAGAUCAAAGCUGUCAAUAUCAGGUGCUACAGAUGAUGGAAAUGAAGAAGCUGUUUAUGUUGAUUCAAAUGGGACGAAGCUUCGAAUUCUAUCUUUCAACAAUGUACCACCAGUGAUUACAAAGGAGAAUAUUAAGCUGAGGAAGCAUGUGAAAGGCAUUAAAGCAGGCAGGAGUUCUUUGAUUAGCCAGAAAGAGUGUUUCAAAUCAAAGUACUCAAAGUGUACAAAAAUUAAUCAACGGAACAAAAGACUACGCUCAUUUGAGCUGUUUAAUGGGAAGACUCGAGUGACACAAAUUGGAGAUUGUCAUUCAAGCACGUAUGAAGAGAAGGAAGAAUCCCUAUCAUGCAUACUGAAUGAUCAAGACCAAGCCAAGGGUCGUGGUCCUGGAACUUUAAGACAGCGGGUAUGCUCUAAAUGCUCGGGUCCCUCUAGAAAAAUUAACAAGAAGGGCUAUGAUAAAAGCAUGGAAAACAUUGUGCCUAGCACUCUGGACACUUUUGUGGAAGGUAAUCAGUCAAAUCGAGCUGACUCUUCUGCUGUUAAAAGCCAUAUUCUGAAACUUUCAAGGUCAUCCGAGGAUUUGCUGUCUUCUACAAAAACCAAGAGAGUGGAUGUUCUAUCUAAUUCUGUCCAUGCCACGUACAAUGGGAAGACAAUGCCUCCAAAACCUCUUGAUUCGAAUUCUGGAUUAGUAUCCCCUCAAAACAUUUCUUCGGAUGGUGGUCUUAUGCAGAAACUGACAAGAUCAUCGAGGAAUUUUGUUUCUUCUUCAUGGAGAAAAAGAGAAGAGAUACACUCGAGCAUCAUACGUAAGUCUGAUAAUUCUCCUGACGUUACUAUAAUACCUUCUGGAAGUUGUCAUCCCUCACUUAAAACCAAAAAAAGAUUAAUGCCAAAGGAUAAUGUUUCGCUAGGAAAAUCAUCCUCUUUGGAAGUGAGCAAAGGUGAUGAGAGUGAGAAAAGAUUGACCGUUUGGAAGUUCGGUCGGCAAAGAUCCAUAUUAAGCACUGGUAAAUGGAGAGAAAAGUCACCAUCUGGCAUCAACAAAGGACUGCAUGGUUCUACUGAAUAUUUUGGCUUUGAAUACUCUCCACGAGUUACUGAGACAAGUAAUGUCGAUCCCCCCAAUUUCUCUGAGAAUAUAACAAUCCCCAGUGUCCUAGAAUCUGAACGAGAAAGAGAUGGCUUCUGUACAAUGGCUAAGCAGGAGUCUAAUAAAAAGAGGUUGCUUUUGGGAGCUGACUGUUAUGGUUUUGAUGUUGAAGCUUCAGAUAUGCAGCAUGAGCCCUUGGACUGUGAAGAUAUUGCAAAUGAACAUUCCAUGGAUAAAGCUAUUGAUGAACAUGGUGGCAGUGAAAAUCUAAUUAUUCAACAUUUGACAUCAGCUUCCAGUCCCAGAUUGGACCCAUGGCCAUCUGGACAAGAACACCUAGAAUAUUUCUGUGGAUCUGAAGCACCAGUGGAAGGUGGAUUGAUUGAUAAGCAGGUCGUGCUUUGUCGUGAUGUUGCCAGAAUCAUUAAUAAGGACAUUGAAAGGGUGGGCGAAGAGGGAAAUUUGUUAAGACUUAUGCAAUCAGAAGACCAAACAGACACUUCCAUUAAACGGUCUUCUGCUUGUUUGAUUUGCCAUGUGGAUAUGGUUCUUGAAUCUCCUGAAAAGAGUUCAUCAGCAGCCUCGGUAAGGAUGACAUCAAAUCAAGAUCUUAAUUUGGCUGGUGGUGUAGAAGCAUCUGCUUCUCCUUCAACUUCCUCAAACAUCUCUCUCCCUUCUCCUGAAGUUCCCCACUCAGAAGAUACCAACGAAGAACAAUGCAUGAAACAUAAUGCUGACCAGGAUAAUUUGAGCUCAAGCUUGUCAAAUAACUCAGAAUUGCCAUCCAUUGUAAGCAUUAGAGGAACUGAAGGAAUGAAGAAAGAGAAAAGGGAUCAAAAAGGUAAGGCAACUGCAGUGGCGGAGGAACCUGAAAAAUUGUCAGAUGAUCAACCUUGCUGCUGCUCUCACAGGGAAAGUCUUUCACAAGAAUCUCCACAGCCCUUAAGACAAAGUAUCAUGACUAACUCAAAAAUAAAGCAGACGGUAUCCAACCUGUGCAUUAGGCCGACCAUCUUGUCUUCCAGUACUUCUCAUGGUUUGAGAUCUGGUGAAGUGUCUGCCCCCAUCCUGGAGUCGCUAGCUGAAUCCAUUUUAACAAAAACUCCUGCAUAUCUUGCUUCUAAACUCCCAUUAGGGAGUGAUUCUGGGCCACCAAGUCUAUAUUCUCAGGCUCAGAGCCAGGCCUCUUCCAAUCCAUUACUGAGGCUGAUGGGCAAGGAUCUAAUUGUGAAAAAAGAAGAGUUGGCAAAACAUUUUACAGUUCUCCCUUCUGAUUCAGACUGUGCCUCGACAAUGAAAUCUGUACCUCUUGGAUUUACUUCUACGAAUAAUGGGUCAAGGAAGAUUAGUUUCUCAUACCAACAACAUCAGAUUUCAAGUGGCUCUACAAUCCCCAGCAAGGCUUCAUCAAAAACUCAGCAGCACAUAAGCCGCUUCGUGGGGGUUGCUUCAAUGAAGUCUCAGCAGAAGAGAGCAAAGAAACUCCAUACCUCUUUGCCAUGUAGCAUAAAGAGAAGGGCUGCAUCUCAACAUCGCCAGAUUUCUUCUGCUCAAGCUCCCAACAGAGAUGUAACUGUAAUUGACGACUCUCCUGGCAUCGAGGCCGAACCAAACAGAAGCAUAUCUAGCCCAGUAGUAACUUCACCACCAGCUUUUCCAGGUUCCAAUCUUAUUCCUCCGAGGCCUUCCUCCUGUUUCCCACCAAAGAACCCGUAUAUGUCAAGAGAGGUCUCUGGAAUGAUCAGGCGUUCCUCCAUCUCAUAUCCGAAGGCCGAUGCUUAUAUCCCUGUUGAGCAUGAUAGCACUUCAGAAGGCUCGGUUCCAUGCAGCUCUUAUAUGUUCCGAUCACCUUUGACAGCCCGUCUCACACCAUCAUUGUAUUAUAGUCGGACCUUGGAAUGAAGCCAGGACCUCGUCUUAUCGUGGUGACUGAAAGCGUGAAAGCGGAGAAACUGAAUUAUGGGGAGCUGUAAUUUUUUUGAAUGUCUUUUCAAAAGCAUGAAAAAUGAUGUUAAAUGUUGCGACUACCUCUCUGGAUUGAUGGUCUUACUCUUAUUCUGAGUAUGUUUUAUGUGUAAGCUCAGAAUAAUCCAUGACUGUGAUCGGUUUAUUGAACUAGAGAAAGCUUUCAUGUAGCUUUCUUUUCUGAGGAAAUCCCCUAACAUGUUCUUUAUGGUCCUCAUUCAUUUUUCAUACUGCUUGAGUGAGGACCAUAUUGAUAUUUUUUCUUCCAUGGAAUUUACAGUGCAUGAAAUAACUAA